GGAAGCCCAGGUUAUGUACAGAAAGCAAGCAAUGUCGAACGAAUCUGCAGAAUCGAAGAUUGAAGAGAUGAAGGCUAUUCUCGAUAAAUAUUCUGCAGUACCAGAGGAGGAUCGUGGAGCCGCUGGUAAUGAGCAGCCACGUGACAUGCAUGCUAAGGCAGUAGAACUUGCCGUGAAGGCUCGAAAAAUCUUGUGUGAUGUUGGGAGGUCGAAAGUAACACUAGAGGGAGAUUCUGAGAGUACUCCUGGACAUGUCAACACUACAGUAGAAAUGGUUCAAAUGGGACGUCGGAGGGCCGGUAAAAUCUAUAACGAAGUGGACAAAGAACCCAAGAUGAUGCUCUCGUGGGUAAUAUCCUUUAUGCUGGUGGGUUUCUUGCUCAUCUUCCGUGCCUGGCUUUGUUUGGCUGUCUAUAUUUACAAUCUGACUUGCAUCGACAAAUUAGUUAGCUCCUCCAAGGAAUGGGUGUGUAAAACUGCCGAAUCUUGUGGACUGAAAUGGAUUUUGGAAGCACUGGCCAAAGUAAAGGAGUGGUUGUACUCGUGUUUUAGACACUUGUUUGAUUAAAUUGCUUUGUUGAUAACUGUCUGGAAGCUUGUGAACUACUUAUAGAUCUAGUUUUUCUCCUGUUAAGUUUGCCUCACUCGCAUUAAGUUAACUUAUGUUGAAAUAUGAGUGAGUUUUUAAAUAGUGCUUUAUUCAGCAAGUCUAGAGUACAUUAAAUCGGUCUGUUCCUUUAUAAGGACUUGGAAAAUCACGUCUACCAUAAAUGCUAAAUAAUUAAUCCUAAACUAGUUAGUGAUGGCUCACCAAGUAUUUAACUUACAAAUUUACCAUUCCUGAUAUUAAAUGGCCUUAAGUGACCUUAAAUUUACUAUUCCUGAUAUUAAAUGGCCUUAAGUGACCUUAAAUUUAUUAUUUCUGAUAUUAAAUGGCCUUAAGCGACCUUAAGUGGACCAUUGUUCACAGGCUAACCUAAUGUAAUAGUUUUAAAUUUGCUAGCUACUUUUGCACUUUUAAACUUUCUGGGAUCUUAAAAUCCGCAAGUGUACAGUAUUUCCUAUUUCAAUGUGUACUUUUACCUUAUGGAAUAAGGUAAAAUUUUAUUAAAAAUAAGUAUAUAGGUUGGAUACCUGCUGUUGCUCUUUUGGUUGAGUUGGUGUGGAAGCAAAUAUAAAGAGAGCAGGCUGGUGACCUGAGAAAUGUUACAUUAAAUUAUAAUUAGAAUUGAAA